CCCCUUCUCCGCCCCAAAGACCUUGGCUCUCUCUCACAAUCCCUUUCCCGCUGGCAGGAAGUACAGGAAGAGCAAACCGGCUUUAGGAACCAGGCACGCCUAAGCUGUGCCCUCCCCAGCCCAAGCCCACUGAAUCCAUCCUGCAAAGUCACACACCUGAAUCUUCUUAAUUCACCAGGAUGAAUAAUCAAAAGAAAAGAAAAGAUAUGGAACCUGCUUGUACCUGGAGUUUAUUAUCUUCAGAGAAAACCACUUCAAGUUCUCUGGCUUCAUUUUCAUGGAGGGAGCUCACAGAUUACCGGGAAAUAUUUAGAAAACAUCUAAAAGAAAAAUACCUAAAAAUAGGCAUCGAUAAAUGUUAUCACCAUGGCAAGCAUGUAGAAUCACAACUGCUUCUUGUAAAGGAACAUGGAAUAUCAGAAGAGACACCGUGUGGAAUUCCUCAACAAGAACAUUUCAUUGAGAUGGAACAUGUUUUUGAUCCUGAUGAAGAGGGCUCCAGCUCAUCCCGAACCGUGGUGCUUCAAGGGUGUGCUGGGAUUGGGAAAACAGCUGUGGUGCACAAGUUCAUGUUUGACUGGGCAGCAGGAAUGGUUACUCCAGGCAGGUUUGAUUAUCUCAUCUACAUCAACUGCAGAGAAAUAAGCCAUAUUGCUAACGUUAGUGCUGCUGACCUGAUUGCUAAUACUUUUCAAGAUAUAAAUGGACCAAUCUUGGACAUUAUUCUGACAUAUCCAGAGAAGCUUCUGUUCAUUCUUGAUGGAUUCCCUGAGCUGCAGUACUCUGUAGCUGACCAGGAGGAGGAUCUUAAUGCUAACCCCCAGGAGAAGAAACCAGUAGAAACCCUCUUGUGCAGUUUUGUGAGGAAAAAACUGUUUCCCGAAUCCUCCCUUUUGAUAACUGCCCGGCCUACGGCCAUGAAGAAGCUACACUCUCUGUUAAAACAACCUAUCCAGGUAGAGAUUCUAUGGUUUACAGAAGCUGAAAAGAGAGCAUAUUUCUUGAGUCAGUUUUCAGGUGCUAAUGUGGCAAUGAGAGUCUUUUAUAGUCUGCGAGAAAAUGAAGCCCUUAACAUCAUGUCUUCUCUCCCCAUUGUCUCCUGGAUGAUCUGCAGUGUCCUGCAGUCACAGGGAGAUGGUGACAGGGCUCUUAUGAGGUCACUUCAGACCAUGACUGAUGUGUAUCUGUUCUACUUUUCCAAGUGCCUCAAAACCCUUACAGGCAUCUCAGUAUGGAAAGGACAAAGUUGCCUGUGGGGCCUUUGCUCUUUGGCUGCAGAGGGACUGCAGAACAAGCAAGUUCAGUUUGAAGUUAGUGACCUCAGAAGACAUGGGAUAGGAGUGUAUGAUACCAACUGCAUUUUUCUCAAUCACUUUUUGAGAAAAGCUGAACGAGGUGUCCAUGUCUAUACUUUCCUUCACUUCAGUUUCCAAGAGUUCUUGACUGCUGUGUUUUAUGCCCUGAAGAAUGACAACAGCUGGAUGUUUUUCGAUCAGGUAGGGAAAACGUGGCAAGAAAUAUUCCAACAAUAUGGAAAAGGUUUUUCAUCACUAACAAUACAAUUCUUAUUUGGCCUCUUACGUAAAGGAAACGGAAAGACUGUGGAAGCUACAUUUGGAAGAAAAAUCUCUCCAGGACUUCGAGAGGAAUUAUUGAAAUGGACUGAAAGAGAAAUAAAGGAUAAAUCUUCUAGGUUACAGCUUGAGCAAAUAGACUUGUUUCACUGUUUGUAUGAGAUUCAGGAAGAAGAAUAUGCAAAAAGGAUAACUGAUGAAUUACAGUCAAUUAUACUGCUUCAACCUACCUAUACAAAAAUGGACAUUCUGGCUAUGUCUUACUGUGUAAAAAGCAGUCACAGUAACCUGUCAGUGUCUCUGAAGUGUCAGCACCUACUUGGAUUUGAUGAUGAAGAACGAAUCUCAGCAUUCAGGCCCCCAGCCUUGAUACUUAAUCAGUCCUUCCAAGUGCGUCAUUUGCCAGUGUCUCGGCUACACUUCCUCUGUCAAGCACUGUGUAAUCCAUACUGUAAAAUCAAAGACCUGAAACUGAUUUUCUGCCACCUCACAGCUUCUUGUGGUAGGGACCUCUCCUUAGUAUUUGAAGCUAACCAGUAUUUGACGGAUUUGGAAUUUGUAAAAAAUACCCUGGAAGAUUCGGGAAUGAAGCUUCUGUGUGAAGGAUUGAAACAGCCAAACUGUGUGUUACAUACACUGAGCUUCUACAGAUGCCUUAUCUCUCCUGCUUCUUGUGGGGCACUAGCAGCUGUUCUUAGCACCAAUCAGUGGCUCACCGAGUUGGAAUUUUCUGAAACAAAACUGGAAGCUUCAGCUGUGAAAUUUCUCUGUGAAGGCUUAAAAGAUCCAAAUUGCAAAUUACAGAAGCUCAAGUUGGGUGCUAGCUUUCUCCCAGAAAGCUCAGAGGCUGUUUGCAGGUAUCUUGCCUCUGUUCUCAUUUGCAACUCAAACCUCACUGAGCUGGACCUGAGUGAAAAUCCCCUGGGAGACACAGGGGUGAAGUUUCUUUGUGAAGGUCUCAGACAUUCCAACUGUAAAAUGGAGAAGUUAGACUUGAGCACAUGUUCCCUCACGGAUGCUAGCUGUGUGGAGCUCUCUUCUUUCUUGCAAGUGAAUCAGACUUUAAAAGAGCUAUUCGUGUUUGCCAAUGCCCUGGGGGACACAGGAGUACAGCAUCUCUGCGAAGGUCUGCGAAGUGCGAAGGGUAUAGUUGAGAAUCUGGUGCUUUCCGAGUGUUCCCUCUCUGCCACUUGUUGUGAGCCACUUGCCCAAGUCCUAAGCUCCACCCAUAGUCUGACAAGGCUGCUUCUAAUUAAUAACAAAAUUGAAGAUUCGGGACUGAAACUGCUGUGUGAAGGACUGAAACAGCCUGAUUGUCAGUUAAAGGAUCUGGCAUUGUGGACUUGUCACCUGACUGGAGCAUGUUGUCAGGAUUUGUGCAAUGCACUCUACACCAAUGAACAUCUGAGAGACCUUGACCUCAGUGACAAUGCCUUAGGGGAUGAGGGCAUGCAGGUGCUGUGUGAAGGGCUGAAACACCCCUGCUGCAAACUACAGACCUUGUGGUUAGCAGAAUGUCAUCUCACAGAUGUGUGCUGUGGAGCCCUCGCCUCUGUCCUCAACAGAAAUGAGAACCUGACAUUGCUAGACUUAAGUGGAAAUGACCUCAGGGAUUUGGGAGUGCAAAUGUUGUGUGAUGCACUGAUUCAUCCAAUAUGUAAACUACAGACAUUCUACAUUGACACGGAUCAUUUACAUGAAGAAACAUUUAGAAAGAUGGAAGCUUUAAAAAUGAGCAAGCCUGGAAUCACCUGGUAAUUUCUAAGGAAAGUUCCGAAAGAAUUGACUGCAUAUAGACCCCCUCUGUCUGGCACCAUCUUUAACAGUUGUACAGUAUUCCUGUUUCAAACCUGUUAACCUUUGCGGAGGACACUAGUGUGAAACAAGCAGCAGUGAUUUCUAUUUCUUACAUAGAACCAUCCACUAAGUAGGAUGGCAAAAGCACCUUAGCUCAGUUGUCCUCAGCAGUAAUAAUAUCUUAUGUUCUUAUACUGUGUUACAGUGUUUAUUAUGCUUUUUUGCAAGAACCUCUAAGGUGGUCAGAUGAGGCUCAGAGAGGUUGUAACUAGCUCCAGGUCACACAGCUAGUUAGUGGGAGAGUUGGGACUGGAAUCCAGCCAUAUCUCCCAACUCCCAGACCAUGUAGGGAAAAAAAUAGAAAAAAGACACAUGAACGAGUCUACUUAAGAAACAAGCUUUUUGAAAUGAUUAAAGAACAAGAGAAUAUACAAACACAUGCUAUAUCUUAUGGUGCUGAUUUUAAGUAAAACU